CCGACAAUUAAACGGGACGGUCGCGGCCCAUGACAGCGUUGGUUCGGAGGCCCGUCUAGAUUGAUGCAGUGCCUUCGUGUUAGAACCGCAGGCGUGUCGACAUGUUGAAAAGCCACAGCAGAAAGACUCUGCUCUCUGCAGCAGGCGCGAGCGUCACUUGCCUCGCGCUGCUCCUGCUGCUCGCGCAGCGCCAGAGGAGCGCGACUGAAGGCGCGCGGAGGGAGAGAGAGGUCGGCCUGCGCUCGCUGCAGAGUCUGGGAGAAGCGGGCACGGAAGACGGGAUUCAGAGUGAGCAGGCCGGCGGGAAGAGGGGCUUUUCCGCGUACUUCUCCAAGCUGACUCGAAACAGGAGGGAGGCGGAGAAGCCCGGCGGCGCAGCGGGCGCGACGUCCAGCCCGCCGCCCGCUGAGAACAUCAGCGCGGAUGACAUCUUCAUCGCCGUCAAAACCACCAAGAAGUUCCAUAAGUCCAGGUUGGAGCUGCUGCUUGACACUUGGAUUUCAAGGAACGUGCAGCAGACGUACAUCUUCACAGAUGGUGAGGAUGAAGAGCUGAAAAAGAAAAUGGGAAGCCAUGUCAUUAACACCAACUGCUCUGCUGCACACAGCCGCCAAGCUCUGUCUUGCAAGAUGGCUGUGGAGUACGACAAGUUUAUUGAGUCAGGCAAUAAGUGGUUCUGCCACGUGGAUGACGAUAACUAUGUGAACAUGAAGACCCUUGUCCAGCUGCUCUCUCAGUACCCUCACACUCAAGACAUGUACAUUGGCAAACCCAGCUUGGACCGGCCCAUUGAGGCCACUGAGAGACUUGGGGACAACAAAAUGCGGCCUGUUAAUUUCUGGUUCGCCACCGGAGGGGCGGGUUUCUGUGUGAGUCGUGGUCUAGCUCUGAAGAUGAGCCCUUGGGCAAGUGGUGGUCAUUUCAUGAACACUGCGGAGAAGAUCCGUCUCCCUGACGACUGCACCAUCGGUUACAUCAUCGAGUCAGUUCUGGGGGUUCCGCUUACCCGCAGUAACCUGUUCCACUCACAUCUGGAGAACCUGCAACAGGUGUCCAGAUCAGAAGUACACAAACAGAUUACAUUGAGUUAUGGAAUGUUUGAGAACAAGAGGAAUAUCAUCAACAUGAAAGGGGCUUUCUCAGUUGAGGAGGACCCAUCCAGGUUUAAGUCUGUGCACUGUCUGCUCAAUCCAGACACUCCGUGGUGUCCUCCACAGGUUGCCUAUUGAGGUGACCAGCUCCUCUCUUGUAUCCUCGUCUCAGCUGUGCCUCGGUAUCUGAAAGGCACCUGGGACCAGUGUGGUAUUGGCCCGUGUGGCUGCUGUGUUUUUGCUGCAGUGGAACAUGGCCUCUCGUGUGUUUUUUCUUAUUGGGCUGCUGUGCGGCCCGCCUUUGAAUGCUUCCUUUCUGCCUGGUGCCUGAGCUUCCGGUCUGCUCUCAGCACCAAGCUUCGCAGGCAAUCAGCUGUGCUUUACGUCCUUCAUGUUGCUUGUUAUCCAAUUUGCAAUUCUCAUAGAAUGUGCAUUUAUAUCACUUCCAAGCCGUUUUUGCCAGCUUUACAUGCUUUGUUCGUAUUAUGUGUUUUUUUUUUUUUUUUUUUUUUUCCCCAUCCCAUUUUCCAAAUGCUAUUCAGGAUUAUCCAGUUCUUUCCCUCAGGUUGGAUUUAAUGGCCUAGAAAGAGGGAUUUAUUUAUGUAUGGGUGCUUUUGUCUUUUUUUUUCUUUUUUUUCUCACGACUCCGGACAGAAUAACAAGAUGAAGUUUAAUUCCGUUGUUAAUUUCAUUUUCAGUUACAGUGUUAUAUCAUUGUUACUUUUAUGUAAUAUAAUAACAUUAUGAUAUUUUAAGAUGUGCUGGCAAUAGGCAAUUUUCCUUAUGUGCCAUCAGGUUAUAUGAAUCUGUGGUAUGUUGGGAUAAAGCACUUUUCUCCCUUACUGAUCUGAAAAUGAUGAUGACGGGAUUCAUAGCUGUGUGAUAUAAUAUAAGCCCCCCAAACCUUUAGAUUUUAUUAUAUUUAAUGCCAUUACUUGCAUUCAAUCAAUCUUGGCAUAUAGUUUUGAGGUUUUGAUAUGACAUCUCAAUCUGUUAGCUUUGCUCUGAAAUAUAUUUAAUGGAAAGUUGCACAGCUUGAUUUGAACUGCUUGUUGCUUGUGUGAAGUCCCCCUUGCAAAUGUUUACAUGUCCUUCAAGAGUAGAGCUUGCCUUAGUCACCCACUGCUCCAUAGACUAUAAUGUGCAUGUUACUCAUUUUUAAUGUUGGGCAGCUAUAAUGUAGUGCAGUCAUUAUGGAGUUUCACCUUCCAGAUAGUCUGCCAUCUGGGCAUCACUGUACCCUCUUAAAGCUUGCAGAUCUUAUCACUUCACACAAGCAACAGCAGUGUUCUAUAUACAGAGAACAGCUUUCUCUGUGUGGAAAUGACCCAUAUUGGGUGCACUGUAUCUUAUUUUAAAGCAGUAUUUAUUUACUGUGCCAUGUUUAAAUGAUUGUAUUUGUACAUUAUGGUUUAGAUGGUAUGUGCUUUUUUCACCUGUGGAUCAGACAUGGUUCUGAUCACUUCUCGGUUGUUUUUUGUAUUGCAUUGAAUUGUCCUAAUGGCUGUAAUUUAUACUCCAGUAUCUGGAUUCUCCAAUUGUUCAAAUGCCUGUCUCUCAGGGAGCCGUGUCCUGACUAAGUUACCACAGGUGCCGCUGUGGUAACUCUGCAUUUUUAGCUUUCAAAUAAAACAGCAUACUCGCUGAGAAACUAUA